AAUAAUUAGUCCAAUCACUACACUAAACCUUAACAGGUGUCCAGUAACGUUACUAGUACAGAACCCUGGCCGCUCACUCUACUAUCCUGGUGUGCGAUAUGAACUUUUUCUUGUUGAACUAUUAGCACACUAUCAUAAUGGAACAUUUGUCCCAUUACCGUAUACAGAUUUGGAUGAAGCCUUUACCCACAUAAUGACUCGCCAGAUAAUAUUGCUACCUUCAAAUGCCAUACUCUCAGAUCGUUAUAGUUUGUCUCAUUCUACUUAUAAUUACGAAAUAAUUUGGGUGGUACCACGAGCUCGAAUCGUUCCCGCAAUACGUAAAAUAUUUCUGACUUUUCAACCGUUUCUGUGGUUUAUGAUCAUGGUGGCAUUUCUCGUGACCACGAUUGUCUGGUGGUGUAUACUGUCAUGGAAUAAACGCAACUUGAACUUCGAAAACUUGGCAAUCUCGGCAACCGAUGUCACCUCGAUUACGAUAUUUGCGGCAGCUGCAAACGUACCAGGAGGGUUUCGCUUACGUUGCAUUUUCUUAACAUACCUUAUUUACAUUAUUCAUAUAAAUUGCGGUUUUACAUCAAAUUUGAUUAACAUACUGACCGUUCCACGAUACCAACAUCAAAUUAAUAACUUACAAGAAUUGGCAAUUGCGAAUCUAUCUAUAUACAUGGAUUUAAGCUUGAAGAAUGGAUAUUUCCCACCUAAUCGUUCUAGUUGUGACCUUUAUCAAAAAUUACAAAGAUCAUUGGUUCCAGUCGAUCGAGGGGGCUACAUUAAGGUUUUGGAGAAUAUACAUGAACAUAGUGACCGUGCUUUAAUAAUCAUAUAUCAAGAAUUCUUGCAAUAUCAAUUCCUGAUGAAGAAAAAAUUGAAUGUACACCUAAUUACCGACAGUAGUGUAACAGGAAGAAUUGAAUUCGCGCUACACUUUGAUCAACACCAUCAUUUUUUCCCGUACUUAAAUGACUUUCUAGAUUUGAUCAGAGAUUCUGGAAUUGGGAGCAAGCAAUUGAGUGAUUAUGAAACUAAUUUUGCGGAAGAACGAGAUAUUUUCGAUGUUGAGCCACCAGCAGUAGUGGUCUUAACAUUAAACCAUCUUUCUUUCACGUUUGCCUUACUUGGAAUAGGCAUCAUCGUGUCUGGAGCAGUUUUUUUAAUAGAACUUGUAGUGCACUCGUAUUCAUCUCACUAAAUAAUGUAUUUGUGUAAAGAUACCUAUACAAUUACAUAAUACAGUGUGUCCCAAAUCGCGUGGGAUUGCAUGGGUAACCUUCUUAUUAUUAAAGAUAGA